AUGCGCUGCCCAUUCUUAGGAUCGUUGAACCAAGCCUUCGUAAAGAAUUACGGGGCAACUCUUAUGAAACAAUACGGAAACUACUGCCCCAUAAUUACUCGAGGAUUCCGCUCUCUCGGCGUCGACGAAACCAAGUGCCCCUUCAUCCAGCAAAAUGUGGGAAUCUCCGAGGCACCCAAGGAGAUGACGGAAGAUAUCACUGAGCCCGUGCAGUCGUACCACUACGAGAAGUUCUUCCAUGAGCAGAUCAGUGCCAAAAAGAGGGACUACUCAUACCGCAUCUUCAGGAAGGUCUCCCGGUUAGCAGCAGAGGGAGUAUACCCGCAAGCUCUGGAAGGCCCCGACAACCAUCGUGUUACCGUUUGGUGCGCCAACGAUUACCUUGGAGCCUCUCGCCAUCCUGUUGUUCAAGAUGCUGCUAUUAAUGCAAUUAAAGCUUAUGGUACUGGAGCUGGAGGCACCAGGAACAUUGCCGGAAACUCUCAGAUGACAGAAAAACUCGAAGCUGAAAUAGCUCACCUGCACAAGAAACCUGCAGCCUUAAUAUUUAGUUCAUGUUUUGUCGCUAACGAUGCAACAUUGUCCACAUUGGCAAAAAUUUUACCGGGCUGCCUAAUAUUUUCUGAUGCUGGGAACCAUGCCUCUAUGAUACAGGGAAUAAGAAACAGUCGAGCACCAAAGCAAAUAUUUAGACACAAUGAUCCAAACCACUUGAGAGAGUUACUCUCUCAAUCACCAGAAGGUGUACCCAAGCUAGUCGUGUUUGAGACUGUCCACUCAAUGAGUGGAGCAAUAUGUCCGCUGGAUGAAAUGUGUAACAUAGCUCACGAGUAUGGGGCUCUGACAUUUGUUGAUGAAGUCCAUGCUGUAGGGUUGUAUGGGAAACAUGGUGCUGGUAUAGGGGAAGAAAGAGGACUACAGCACAAGAUAGACAUAGUAUCGGGAACAUUGGGGAAAGCAUUUGGUAAUGUUGGGGGCUACAUUGCUGGGUCUUCUCUAUUGGUAGACACAGUGAGAUCCCUAGCCCCUGGCUUCAUAUUCACCACGGCGCUACCACCGCCUGUACUGGCGGGUUCGCUAGCCGCCAUUAGACUUCUCGCAAGCGAAGAGGGCAGAAGCUUGCGAGCGAAGCACCAAGCUAUUGUGCGAUACUUGAAACUGUCGCUCCUUGUGGCAGGUCUGCCACAAAUGCCGUCAGUCAGUCACAUUGUACCUGUCCCAAUAACGGGCGCCGAUAAAGUGGCCGCCGUCGCCGAAUCUUUGAUGAAGAGAGGUCACUACGUGCAGGCCAUCAACUACCCCACGGUGGCGCGAGGGGAGGAGCGGCUGAGGUUCGCGCCUGGCCCUUACCACACGCCCGAGAUGAUCGAUAGCCUGGUCACUGCCCUAACCGAAGCAUUCCAUGAGAACAAUAUAAGUUUCAACGAGUUUAUGAAGAAUGGAACAUGCCGCGAGUGCAGCAUGGAGUACAAGGUUGACAUUGCGUACGAGGAGCCAAGCUUCAAGUACACGCAAGUCGCGUAG